UCGUAGAAGGAAGGGCUUCCAGGCUGUCACAGUCACUACGUCUUCCCCCACCAACACUCACCAAACUUCACUUUUUACUAUCCCUUCCUACCGGUAGACAGACUGAGAGUGAACGCUAAUGUUCUUUUCUCUAAAGCAUGCUCAUAAAACGAGCACUAGCUUUUACUGUGCAGCUGGACACAUGGCUGUCAGUCGAGUGCAACGCGGUGUGGAGUAGAAAUGGGUUUCUCAAGGAGCAAACGGGUUACCUGUCAGUGAUGGCGGCACCUGUGAUAACCAUAACGAGGGUCACGACAGCCAACACUACUGCAUAUCAGGAACGGAUACAACAAUUCUGGAGGAUACUAGGCGAAUAACUACUGCGUGAUAUUAAGUGUUCUACAAACCGCAUUCAUCUGAAACUGUCACCAACCUGACUGAAGGAUGCGCAUCUAAAUAGCUUAGCUUUCUUUGCAAAGGUACACAUUUCAGAAGAAAAGAAGAAGCGUGUGUUGUGAGAACUUACAUGUGAGUUUAACCUCCACGUAUAUACAAUAGGAUAUACAAACACAAUCGGUAUAUAACGGAGAGUAGUGUGAACAUAAUUCUAUAACCUAUUCGUACGGCGGUGAUAUUCCUUACAUUACGUUGGACCUCACAAGCAAAAAUGUUAUAAAACAAUUACAUCCCGGUGCAUGUAGUUAAAGUUGUUAGCAGACGAGCCUAAGUUUGCAUUUUUUCUAAUUUAACUCCGCAAAAGGCUGUUACGUCUGCGGAAGAUCGAGAGGGGUAAGACGUAGGCCUAUGGUAAUGUUUCAUAAUACGUAAUAAUCAAUUUCUUCUAAGAAGGUACCGUAUUCAUCGUCCUUUGCUUGUGGUCGUGAGCGAAGUGUUACGGAGAUCUCGAUGGUGGGACAGGAAACGAACGUUAACUUACAACAGCGUACAAAUGAUACUUUUAAACAUUUCGACAUGCGAAGAAAAAGAAAUACAACAGUACAAACACGCACUCAAGGUUCAACAGUUUCUGUGUUUGUAAUUAGCGAGUGAAUGUCCUAAGGAGGUUACGUAACAAUACCGGUAAAAAUGGUCGCAAAAAAUGAACCCGAAAUAAGUAGGAACGUCACCAUUUUCCUUCGCUAUAGGCAGUAAUGACAUUGGCUGACAAUUUUCGUGCAAUUAAAAUCGUUUAGCAAAGUCUUCUCUCAUGUGACUGCGUAUAGAAGAGAGCAAGCUAAGUAUAAAGAAGACACUGGGUGAGCAGGAACGCGGCGCUGAUGCUGAGUAGGUGUAAUUGCUACUGGACUGCACUGAAUGGUCGUUACGUUAUGGUAAUCACAGGCGUGAAGGGAACGUAAAACAGGAGACACGAGUUCGGAACCGCAGCACGCCGCGCUAGUACUGCUACUGGCUCUCAAUUAAUAGGAUAAAGAGUCAACAGGAGGAGGAACCGCUGUUACCAACAAUGAACUCGAUGUUCCUUCCGGUAAUACUUGCGACACUUGUGGCAGCUGCAGGGUCUACACUAGAUCAUAACCUCGACAAGCCAACAUCCGAAGAGCUCCACGUGGUAGCGGCGACAUACAAUAACCGACGGCCAACACCGAGGCAACAGAUCGUAUAUGACAAUGGUAAACACUCCCGCUUACCAGAGCACAGCCGGGUGAAGCAGGGUGUUGGGCUGCGGUUAAGUUCCAACAAAGCUGACACUGUACAUGCAGAGAACGCGUCCUUAAGUGAUGUGGCACCUAAUACGGCCAGGAGAAGGGAUCCGAAGGAUUCAGAACCGGAUGGCAUGUUGAUGGCGAGUGCUGGGCGAAGGAACACCAACAAAUCCAAACAAGGUGACGACGACGACGGCGACGAGGACAAAAAGACGCUGUCUCAACAGAUUGCUGAGGGGAAGUACGGACUGAUAGAGAAGGAAAUAUACGCUACAACACCGAAAAGGCCGGGAAUAAUCAGUUACGCCUCUAACCCAGAAGUUCCUCGAGACACCGCCAAAAAUCUAGGAGGGUUGGAACCUGAAGAAAUAUGGCUGGCAGAAAACCAUCUUCUAGUUCUUAGAGGGGGAUUCUUUCCUGAACAUAAAUUUAACAGAACUGACGAUUCAGACACAGUGUGGCCACCAAUAGAUGACUUCAAUGCGCCACGACGGCAAGUAAAGAUUCCGGCCAACCCGAAGAUUCCACCGCCUUUUCCUGUGCAGCUCACAGACGAUGGUCCAACGCAGUUCAUCGGUUUCAACGGCACCGCGGGUAGGCCACCCUUCCCUCCAUUCUUCCCGCAACCUCCGCCCCGUAACGGGUCAUACUUUGCUCCACCAUUUCCGUUCCCGCCCCCAGGAAAUUUCACACCGGAAUUCUACCCCCCAAUACCCCCGGGAAACUUCAGUCCCGGGGGAGGGUUCUACCCACCUCCGGGAAACGGAUCGUUCUCUCUACCUCAGUUCCCGUAUCCACUUCCUCCGCCAGGGAACGGGUCAUACUUCGGCCCGCCUCCGGGAAACUUCACGCCGGGGAGCGAGCCAUUCUAUCCUCCGCCGUUCCCCGGGUUUCCCCCUCUCCCUUUCAACGCCACCUACUACCCCCCUUAUCCUCUCCCACCACCGCUUCCACCCAACGCUACCCUCCCAUUUCCCCCGCCAUUCUUAAAUCUACCGCCGGGAGCAGCAUUUCUACCGCCACCAGGAAACCUGACUGUGCCCUUCGACGAAGACGACCCCUCGCUAUAUUAUCCGCCGCCCUACGACUUCUACUAUCCAAGAGACAAUUCAACGGAAGUGCCUCCGGGUCCACUUGUACCAGGGAUCAUCCUCCCUCCUCCACCCAAUUUCUUCGCACCGCUAAACAACAACUCGGAAGAACACAGUGAACAUCACCCGACAUCACCACCUCCAACAACUACACCCCCUGUGGCUGACACACCUGCACCACCUUACGGCAGGUAUUUGCCAGCGCUGAGCCGGCCUCUACCUGCUAAAAAUCGACGUCCGUCACUCGGCUAUACACCCAUCACUACUGAAAUCCGCAAGAAGAAACCCUUCCCGACAGCCAGUAUUGUGGACAACGAGGCUCUCAAUCACAUCACACCUGACGCUGAAACUUAUGUUCUCACAACUCCUGCUCCCGAGAUACAAAAACUGGACCAGUAUUCUGAGAAGCCCCCUCGUCCACCAAUUAGCAUUGCUCCCCAAAUCGUCCAUGUAACACAUAAAGGAAAAUCGCCUAUUGAACAAAUUCCGCAGCAAGGUUAUUAUUACGAAAAGCCUGCCAUCCCCUUCACACAAGCACCGGAAAAUGUCUACAGCAAUAUCCAUAACGUCAUACUGACAACCGCCGUGCCUGACGUGUCUUACUACACCGUACCUCUAACAGACAUCGUCGUGCGACCCACUCCGCGGCUGCAGCACACCAAAAAUGCUUCUAACCAGAACACACCUGUACAACCUCCUAAGACGUAUUACCAGCCUGGGCCCAUAACAGAGGAGUCGCCUACAAACCAAGGGCAAGGAAUCAAUAUACCUACGACAACAGUGGCACCUCAUCUUAUCUACUACAACAGUCAACAACAGCCUCUGGAUACUGAAACCAACACUGUGACGCCUUCACCACAGCCAUAUAACUUGAAAACAAAGAGUGGGGCCAGAGUUACAGUGCUGCCACCACUUUCUUAUCACACAGUGCCUUCUGUCAGUAAACAAAGGAAUCCAGCAUCUGUGAAGACAUCCUACUACUUUUAUGAGGAGCCCAAUGAAGGGUCAAGGUAUGUGAGUGAUCCCCCCUCACCUGUCACUACCCAGGCACCACCUUCAAAAUAUGAAGAGCCUGUGAGGUACUACAAUGAAGAGGUUUCUACCACUCCACAACCCUUUUAUAGUUAUAAUGUCCCUCCUAUUGGUGGGAAGAGCACUUCUCCAAAGGUGCAGCUCCAACAAUAUGUAUAUUCCAAUGUGCUUCCUGUAGGGCAAUCAGUGGAAGGCAUAAGUCAAACAGAACAGCCCCAACAGUAUGUGUAUUCUGACGCACUUCCAGCAGAAACACCAGGUAAAAGCCCUCCUCAAACAGUACAUUCGCAAGUGUAUUCCAUAGCUGCACCUGUGAAAGGUUCAACACAAGCUGAGCAAUACAUAUACUCUAGUAUAGCUCCUGCUAGUCAAGCUAAAGGGGUCAGAACUCGACCUCAGUCAUACGUCGUGUCAUCAGCUUUGCCUGUGGAUCAACAGGUCAUCUUCUCUAGUGGGACAGGCAAGUUCGCACAAAGUUCAACACCUGCACCACCUCAAUAUUAUUAUGUUACUGUAAGUCCUGGUAUACAGUAUGAAGCUGUGGGCUCUGCUGCUCCGUCCACAGUAAAUCAGAAGUUUCCAACUCAACCUCCCCAACAAGAGCUCAUAAAGUCUACUCCACAGCCUAUACCCCUAGUGCCUAAAUUAGUAUACUACACUACACCAAGGACCAAUUUUGCAUACCAUGAUACUUCCUCUCAGAGACCCAUCAUAUACAAUAUUCAACCAUCUCCUUCCCCAAGACCCACAUACCAAUACAGUUACGACACAAAUGGCAAUAACGUAGAAACUCAACCCAGACAACAAAAUAUUUAUACAACCAUUCGUACAAAAUCUAGAAAACCUCAGAGGCCGAAUUAUCAAGGAGACAGCCAAGGGGCAAUUGUAUCACCAGUACAGUACCAAUCAACCCCAAGGACACUAUUUGAAUACAAUUAUGAGCAGAGUACAAAAGCACCAGACAUUCAACACUUCUACCCUGCUCCCCAGUAUAAUGUUCAGAAAGAUGUCCCAGCAGGUAGUCCGACAGCACAUUAUGGCUAUGAAGAUGUUAGCGAACAAAGCAAGCAAAGAUAUGAAUAUCAAUCAACACCUCAACCAAGAUUUCGUGGACGUCAACGUCCUCAAGUUCCUCAGGUUAAUAUAUAUCCAACUGCAAAUCCUUUCCAUGCGUAUUUUACCCGGCAAGAUGAAACACUUCUAGAUGAUAUAACUAAGAAAUAUUUCACCAUAUUUGGCCAAAAGCUACCAUCUGGUGAUGAAAAUGUGCCAACAACGCCCAUUCCAGCCUAUACGAAAGGAAAUGUUCAAUCUCAAUCAAAGCGGCCUUAUGUAGCAAAUGGAGAAAGACAAUAUUACACAACUCCGAUUCCCAACUACAAUAUUCAAAAGAGUGAAAAUCCUCCUGAAAGUGAUCAGGUCAGCAAAGUUCCAGUAUCAUUAGCAGAUGAUAUAAAUAUAAAUUACAAGAAACCUUCACCACCUGUGAAUCCAUUAAGUGAAUUUAUAGAUACCAGACAGCUCAGUAACUUACAACCUGGUGGAGCCCUUGUAUCUUACAAAUUUCCAGGUGAUGGUGGUCAUUUUUACUUCAUCACGCCACAAGUUGUUGGUGCAGAACAACCUCAGCAGCAAGCCAACGGAUACCUGUACUCCCCACCAAACCAAGCUCCUCCUCAAUUAGUGACAUACAGGAGGAAAAAGAGAAAAGAGCAAAGAUGAGGGAAGUACUGAUAACACAUUCUAGUUAAAUUUUUAAUUCAACUGUAAAGGAACUUUCUUUAUAGAGUUCCAAAAUACAGAUGCCAUGAAUGCUCCCAUAUUGGGAACUAUGGUGUGUUAAACUCAUGCAGCUCUUGCAGACUUACAAGAGAGUUUGUAAUGUUUGUAUAACAGAGGAGGAAGUCUGAAAAGUAAUUUGUAAUCACAAACUUCAUGAGCUUUCAAUAAGUAAAGACUGAAUCAUGAUCCAACUAUGGAAGAUCUGAGGUUCUCCCAGUACUGGCAGUGAUGGUUACUGUCAUUGUUAUCUGUUAGAUGUUCUACAGCAUUCUGAAAAAAACAUGCUGUCUUCUUCAGGGUAAAGAUUUAAAGAGUUAUUCUUCUACUAUGAAGACUGAUACAGCAUAUUCCAUUGAAACUCUUAAUAAACACCUACCAGAUUAAAUGGUAUCGCAUUCCAAAGUCAGUACAGUUCAUGAAUCAAAUAUUCUGAAAACAACCUUCAACUUUCUCAGCAAGGCAACUUAUCAACAAGUACAAUAGUCUACAGACUUACUAUCCAGGCUAUAUACGGUUAACUCAUGUCGCAAGACAAGCACAAAAAAUGUGCUGUACUCAUUCAACUGUAAGUUGUGUUACAGAAAAUAUACCAGAUACAUUUAAAAACUGGUGAAAAGAAUUGUGAUAAGAGUGAUAAUGUGUGUGAAUGUAUUAUUAGAUUAAAUGAAUGAACUAUCAUCAUGUAUUUGCUCAAUUCCUUGUGAAAUUCAUUUGCAGAAAACUAAGCAAUUGUUUCUGCCCUUAUCACACAGGAUUUGACAGCAGAUGAAUACAUUUACCACCGCUUUUACAGGUAAACAUGAAUGAUAAAAGCUACAUUUUGUAACCAGGUUCACCGGAUUCACAGUGCAGCUUUGUCAGUGUGUACCAAUGGCAAUUAAUGAAAUACAAGUGCCAUUACAUGAAUUAUUAUGAACUGUUCAAAAAGGGAAAUACCAAUUCAAGGGAAUUAUGCCAUUUGUAUGUAUGUAAAUGUUCAGAGGCUUAUUUAUUAAGGACAAUUAUUGUAUUCAUGACAUUAAAAUAUAAAAUAGCUCCAAUUCCAUGCUUAA